GGAGGUGCAGCUCUCAACGUUCACUGCCGAUGCUCCACACGUUUCAGCUCCUCUCGUCUCCUAAUUCCCUUUUGGAGGCCAGCCUACCUACCAAGUCCUCCUAGCUACGAUUCUCCAGUCACGUUAGCUUCGUGUAUAUAUAUGUGUGUGUGUGUGUGUCCCCUAGCACAACCCUCACUCUAUAUGUACCUGCUAAUUAACUCACAUUUCCUAGAGUAGUGGCCGUUUUUAACUAGAUAUAUAGUACAGGCCAGGGGUAUCAAUACCAUAUAUGGAUGCAUGAUUGUGCCCCCUUUGUUGUGAGACACCUCUCAUUCAUUGGGGAAAGUUACAAAGACCGGCCAAGCACGUGCCACGUUUCGAGGAGUCAUUGGUCUCAGGAUUAUAUAUAGCAUCGUAGUACUUGGAUGGAAAGCAGACAAGCUAGGGACCAUAUAUAAGGUACAUGCAUGGCGACAACGUACCACUAAUAAGUGUCCAUGCACAUGCAUCACGUGGACGGCCGUGCAGGCUGUUGAAUUACUCCAUAUAUAUCGAUCGUUAGUAAAUAUUUUGUGUAUACAUAUUGUUACAUCAAGUAAUUAAACUGGCAUGGCAACUAACCAAAGAUGCAUGGUAGCUACUCGUAGCUAGCUAGCUGAUAACUUGUUCUUUCAAGUUGUAAAGAAAUCACUGACUGUACAUUACUGCGCAUGCAUGCUUAAUUACUUUGUUUUUGCCCGUUCCUCCACACAUGUUGCAAUCGAUCGACUCUAAUAUAUGUAAUACAAAGUACUUUGUCCGUUCCACAAUUUUUAUCUCAAAUUUGACCAAUAUGAAUGUAUCUAUUCCUAAAAAAUAUCUAGAUACAUGUAAUAGUUCGACAAGAUCGAAUUAUGGAACAGAGAAGUAUAUUUUAAAAUAUUUUCCCAUCUCUUUUGUCAACUUGUAUUAAUUGAUAGGAGUUCCACAAUACCAGGAUGCGGGCAUCAUAAUUCCCGAGGAACGAAUACCGUACAUAAGAAAAACCCAUAGAAAUGUAGGAACACCUUCUCUGGCCGAUGGUUGCCCUUCAAAAAAUAUUGCUUAUGGCGACUUAUAAUCAGUUGUCUAGAAAAAAGAGCUAUUUUAACACGCUCCACCUAGGGAUAUUUGAUCUUGAUCGAUCAGUCGUCCAUUAAUGAAGGAUAAAAGUAUGGUUCUGUAAAUUUCUAAGUAUAUAAAUUAUAAGAAAAGAAAAAUUGAAAAUGGAUUCUGUGCACUGCAUUCUACAUACCAGAGAUUCACACGGACGAAUUCCAUUGUAAUUAACAGCAUGGCACAUAUAUACUCCCUCGUUCCAAAUUAACUGACAUGAAUUUGUAUAAAUUCUUGUUCAAAUCCACGUCAGUUAAUUCGGAACGGAGAGAGUAUAUCAUAUAUGUAGAAAACCUUUUUUUCAUCUUUUUUUUCCACCAUGUUUGAAGAGAUGCAUUUGUGCACAUUGUCAUAUCACCAUUACAAAUAUUGGUUACUCUCCUUUUCAGUUGCUUGAGAUUAUAUAAACUCUCAAACACCUAAAAUUGCACGUAGUAGUACAUUUCAACACCCUGCCUGAUCGAUGCAAUCACAUAUAUACAUACAUGCAUGUAUCCGACCGAACGCCGCAUAAGAUUGUAAUAACCGUAUUAAUUCCUCGAUCAAAUAGAACAUGCUGCAGUGAUUGCUUCAUUAUUGGCAACAACGGCGGCGACAAAAUUUAAAGAAACGGAGCUUACGUGUGUAGGGGCCCUUGUUUGUUCUCUCUCUUCUUGUGCACAACAUAUAUAGCUACUUCCUAUGUCUGGAUGGUACGUAUAUGCCAAUAUCUGUUGGACGCAUUCAUUCCCUUGCAUUGUUGUUUACGAUAUCACCCAAUCGAUAAUACCACGAACAAAACUAAAACAUAUAGUCCCUCCUAUCCAUAAUUAAUAGGAUGCGGCUAUUUUUAAGUCGUCUGUUUUUUUAAAAAUCAGUCUUAAAUAUCAAUCGACGUUUUAGAGUCGUUGGAUUAAAAUCCGAGAGUCAUUCCUAUUCUCUCAUCUCUCACUUGUUAUCAUUGGAUCAAAAUCCGAUGGCUAACAUGUCGAUUGAUCUCUAAUAAAAAAACAAACGACUUACCAAUAGCAAAACCUUAAUUAAUAAGUGUCGCUUAUUUAGUAGCCAAAAUAUCCGGUGAAAACCACCUCUACGGUGCAAACUGUAAAAACUCCAUCAAAAAACGUUCAAAAAAUUCUCGAAAAAAUUACAUAUGUUCGAAAAGUGAUGUUUCAUAUAUGUGUAAAAUGUGAAGUCCAAACUCAAUGGCGUUUGGUAGCAGCGAAAAAAACAAAUUCUGCAUGAAUAGUGAUUUUUCAGUGUUUAACACUAUUCAUCGUAAAUUUCUCUUUUUAAAUCCUUCCAAAUGAUUUUGACUUUGAACUUGAAAUUUUGCAAGUUGGUAGAACAUCACACUCCCAACAUAUAGUAUUUUUGUAGAUUUCUUUUGAAACUUUUAAACAUGAUUUUUAUGAAGUUUACACGGUUUGCACCAAAUGAGAAUUUUCACCGGAUACGCCGCCGAUUUAGUACUUUUUGCUAAAUCAACGGCAGUUAUUAUGGACCAGAGGAGUACAAAUGACUGCAUGCAUGAUGACUCGCUAAUUUCCAAUUUAUUAACUUGUCGAAUGCAUCGAUGGAUCACUAUAUAUAUUGGAGUUGGAUCCAUGGAUGAUCAGUUCGCCGCAUAAAUUCGUCCAUAAUUUGAUUUCUCAGUGUUGUUUAACUAAUUUGCCUGUUUCAAUUAGUCAAUGGAGGAUCAUGAGUACGAGCAGGACGAGUCGAACCCGCCGCUGCUCGCCACGUACAAGCACCUCUUGGACGGCGAGCACCGUCGUCUUCCUCUGGGCGUCGUCGCCGGAGACGAAGAAGACGAUCAGUGCGACCUCCCGGUGAUCGACCUCGCCCCGCUGCUGCUAGACCUGGAAUCAGACCAGCAAACUAGAAAUAAUGGCGGCAGCUCGUCGGCGGCGUGCCGGGCGGCAAUGGUGCGCGCGGCGUCGGAGUGGGGCUUCUUCCAGGUGACCAACCACGGCGUGCCGCAGCCGCUGCUCGACGAGCUCCACGGCCAGCAGCUGCGCGCCUUCCGCCGCCCCUUCCACCGCAAGCUCGCUCCCGGCGACGGAGACGACGAGGACCAGCUCCUCCUCUCGCCGGAGGCCUACCGCUGGGGCAACCCCACCGCCACCUGCCUCCACCAGCUCUCCUGGUCCGAGGCCUACCACGUCCCCAUCACCACCCCGUCGCCGGAGACGAAGACGACGACGGCCACCAGGCGCGUGAUCCACGAGGUGUCCGCGGCCAUGUCGAAGCUCGCGCGGCGGAUCCUGUCGGUCCUGGCCGCGGAGCACGGGCCGCCGCCGGAGACGGAGACGACGACCUGCUUCCUACGCCUCAACCGGUACCCUCAGGCGCCGGGGAGCGGCGGCGGCCAUGGCCAUGGCGUGCUGGGGCUGUGCGGGCACACGGACAGCGACUUCCUGACGAUCCUCCGGCAAGACGACCACGUCGGCGGGCUGCAGCUGCUGCUCGACGACAAGGACGGCGGGCGGCGGUGGCGGACGGUGAGGCCGAACCCCGGCGCGCUGACCGUGAACGUCGGCGACCUCCUGCAGGCGUGGACCAACGACGUCUACGCCAGCGUGGAGCACCGCGUGGUGGCGCGCCCCGACAGGGAGCGCUUCUCCGUCGCCUUCUUCCUCUGCCCCUCCUACGACACCCUCAUCCGCCCGCCGCUGCCGGGAAAGACGACGACGAGCCAGGUGUACCGGAACUUCACCUUCGGUGAGUACCGGAGCCAGGUCAGGGAGGAUGUCAGGUUGACUGGACGGAAGGUUGGACUUCCACGGUUCCGACGACACGUGUCCCCGUCGCCUGCCAGUCUCACACACCAGCUAAGCUAGCACCUAAUAUGAUUAUAAAACGCUAAUUAAUUACUAAAAUCGAUGCGCUCCAUUAAUUCCGCGCACUCGGCGCUCGCCGCCGGGGAGCUCACGAGCCAGGAAGCUAAUCAACGGUGGGAGGAGUUGUGCCGGGAGGACGCGGCGGCGGCGGUGGGCAGCUCGAGCAUGGCCGCGCCGUGCCCACGCCGUCGCGGGAGGAGGCCAAGUCCUCCUGCCUGGCGCCGCGCGGCAAGGCUCAGCUUCUUGGGCCCUAAAACCCUAGGUUCGGGGAGCGAGGAGGAGGAGGAGUUCGGGGGCGAGCAGGACAAGGUGGAGGUCGACGGCGAGGAGGACCCCGCGUACGCGAAGGCCGUCGCGAAAUCGCUCCUCACGGUCGACGGCGACAACCACCGACAAGAGGAGGAGGAUGCCGACCCCGAGUACCUCGCCCCUCUAGCUGAGUCAAGGGCGAUAGCUAAGGGGAAGGCGUCGGUGGUGGAGCCAGAACUCAUCAUCCUACGACGAGGAAACAGCGGCGGCGAGGAGAAAGACGCCGUCAAGUAGGAGCAAAAUUUGUUUGUGUAAUCUGCUACUAGUCCUACUAACUACUCCCCGUGUUCCUAAAUACUGUGUAAUCUGCUCCUAGUCCUACUAACUACUUCCUGUGUUCCUAAA